AACUCUAAAACAUCAUUGCUAUUCUAUCAUACGAGAACCUUGCGGUCUUAUAUAUAGAGGCUGUCCCGUAUUACCUUUACCUUCUGUUUCCUUACGAUUCGUAAUUCUUGAUAUUGAAAACGCUUGAAAAACAAAAAUGCAUUAUCAAAGAACUCAACAUCGCCUCCCCUAGAUUUCCAAACCGCGUCAUGGGUGUUUCUUAUUUUGCAUUCACCUCAAUCACACUCAUUGGGCUAUUCGGAUCAGUGUCCGAUAUAUCAACUAUCUUCGCCUUUUCGAUUAUACGGAAUAGACAUUCAUUUUCACAAUCAAUCCAGAAAUAUGUUGACUUAUCAACCAUUAUUACCAUUGCCACGAGCACGAGUGUCCUGUUUUCAAUUGUUCAAAUUAUUCGAUAUGUCCGAGGGCUUCAGGUAGCAUCAACCAAUCUAGAUGAUCAAUUUUUAAAACCUAUGCUCUUUCCUACGAAGACAAGUCAUUUGAGGUUGUUUCCAAAGAGACAUGGCUUCUCAUACUCCUAUCUUUUAACUGGCAUACCCAUUGGUUGGACAGGAUCUUCAGGAGGGAUGAUUUCAGUCGAUGAAAAGAAUGACGGACUCCCAUGGUAUAGAAGAUUAUUAUCCUUACAACCAAUGAGUCCUUGGUAUGUCGUGGAUGGAGAUUAUUAUUUGGAGAGGGGUCAUGUCUCUGGUGGAUUAGAAGGAAAAUUGAAAAAAUUUCUUCACGAUCAGGGUUUAAAUCAUGAAGAUUAUCCAUUUGCAUAUCUCUUGACGUCUUCUAAGUUUCUUGGUUAUCAAAAUAAUCCAGUUUCAAUAUGGAACCUUUAUUCAAGGAAUAGAGAAUUGAAAGCUGUUAUCCUCGAAGUCAAUAAUACAUUCGAUGAACGUCACACUUAUUUUGUUACACCAAAAGAUGCGGAAGAUUCCAAAAUAGAGGAACCUAAAGGCAAACCACCAAGGUUCACAAAUACUUGGUCCAAGGAAUUUUAUGUUUCUCCAUUCAAUUCUCGAAGUGGUUCUUAUUCCGUCUCAGCUUCUGAUCCAUUUUUUCCAUCGCUUUCUGGAAACAAUCCUCUGGAUCUCACAUUAACUCUUAGUUCUACUGAACGUCCAUUCUUAGUAGCAAGAGUCUUCUCUGAUGGCCAUGCAUUCGACCCAUCUACCAUGUCGGUACUCGAGAAGACUAAAUUUCUACUAUCAUGGUGGUGGGUAGGAUUCGCUACAUUCCCUCGAACAUUAGUCCAAGCCUCCAUAUUAUUUUUCAAACGGUCCUUACCAUGGGUUUCGCGUCCGGAACCAGUCAAAAAGACUAUUUCCAGACAUGCCGAUAAAACUCAAAAGUCUAUCGAGGCAUUAUUUCGAGAAUUCUUACAACAUCUUAUUGAGGUAACGGACCAGCCUUUGGUUUUAGAGUAUAGACCUGCUGGGCUUCUUGAUAAUACACCAGAAAUUAUGUUUUCUCCAUCAGCUCAAAUGUCACCGGAAUUAGCAAAAUCCAUGGAAAUAUCAGUACUUACACCGAUUUUCUACACCCAAUUCAUCAAAUAUGUCGAUAUCGUCCAAGGUCUUGAAAUGGAAUCGAAAAAUGAAACCGUAUCCAUCUGCGACUUGAGUCUUUUAUGGACACGGCCUUUGAAGCCAAAGGAGCAGCAAGCAGUACCAGAAAAUUUCCAUUCAUCGGAUGAAAAUACUCUUACCUGUGUAUUUUUCCGAGCAAUUCGCUCCACUCGUACAUGCUCCCAUGCCGAUCCUAUUGGAAAUAUUUUUUCGUCAUUUGACAAAUACAUUCUGUGGCACACCGAUAAUGUCACUUCCUUGUUAUACCAGAGAAUACUGCUCAAGAUGUGGCUUUGUGAUUGGAUUGCUUUGGGAUGGGAAGAUUUAUUGAAUUUCCAAUGGUGGUUAGUAAAGAUUGGAGGCUUUUGGUGGUUAACAGGAAAGAUGUGGUUUGUUUAUUUGAAUUCAUACACUGGCUUGGGGCAUUGAAAGCAUGAUGUUGGGAAUAAUGUAUGGUAGAUGCCGGGAAUUCGAAUGGUGAUGUUGAAAUACUUGAGAGUUCAACCCUUCAAAUCCAGCAACAUUCGAAUGCUCUCAUCUGCAAAUUAAAUACACAAUAUACACCCGAUCUCAAUUACCAAUCCCCAGUUCCUCUUUUGCUUUCAAAUAACCUGAACAUUCUCCAUUGAUAUGUCCCCGUGGAUCGCGCAAUGUUAGACGUUAGGAACACCAAAAUAUUGACACUGGAACCUAGCUUGCCAUCAUCUAGUGCGGGGUGCUGAUGCGUAUCCCCUUCUCCCAAGACUCUCUCCGCCCAAAAGAAUACUUCUUUGACUUUUGUCUCUUUUCAAAUAAAUGAAGAUAGCAUGGCCUCUGCUGGUAGUUUGGUACUGGCGGUUUCCAUCGUAUUUUCCCUCCUCUUUUGCUCUCAAGCAAUUUGAUCACUGACCCUCCGAAUUUCUCCAAUGAUGGUUUUCCACCAGUCCUCGAAAGUGCCAAGUGGAUAAAAGUUCCUCUUUGCCCUAGAACAUUUCUAAAUGGCUUCUGGGAUUCUUUAUGAGGGUGUGCGAAAAGAUGCGGGAGGAUGUGGGAGGAUGUUCUACGCAUCAAGGUUCAUUCACCUCGUCCGUCAAUUCGCCAUUUUUGUGGGUAUUACUGCCUUGAUAAUUCGACGGUAAUGUAUCUACUUGUAGCAAUAGCGAGUACUUUCUUCAAAACUUUGCAUCUGUCUAGGAUAUCCACCGGCACCCAGCGACCCUUUGGCUUCGCGACCUACUCCCAUCUGAAGCCGAAGCAAUCGACUCUUUGGACGGGCUUGACCUGUGCUCCGCAGAUUAAAUUGACCUUUUGUAAAGUUCCUUCGAUGUCGCACGCUCAAGUCCCUGUUCUGUGGAAGUUAUUUGAGCCUCUCCGAAUCGCGCACUUAGAAGACAUGGUCAAAUCCAAUCACCGUGGAAUGCUCGCAGCAGGUGUAGUUCUGCCGCCAGGAAUAUUUCUUCUGUCAUUCUGAUGAUAGACUUCGAAAAGUUUCGCAAACUACCGCAUUAAUGUUGUCGUGAAAUUGAUCGGUCGACCGAGUCGCUCUGUGAUCUAGUUGCGGGGCAGUCAGCUCAAAUGCAAUCACUCAUUCCAUCAUUUGGAACGUCGGGUUCUUAUGAAUUCACCUUGAUCAAUCCAUCUCGCCUUUUGAAAUCGUUCUUCGCGGCUAUCCACAUAUGCAAUUAAAUACAGCAUUAGUUAUCCGUUGCUUUUUGAAGGCGCAGUGGUGAUUGAGUUCGCGCCGAAAGCCAUUUUCUUGUGGAGUGGGAUCGAGGCGCUAAUAAAUCCGCAAUUUAGCGUGUCAAACGGAGGUCAACCAAAUCUUACUCGCAAAUAAUUUUAAGACUUUUGAUUGCACGAUCAGGAUAUCGGCUCGAUUUAUUCGAGUAUCUUUCUAAAUAUCAUGAGUUACGGGAUGGGGAAUAUCCUGAUAUGAUACAUCUAGCCUUUCGCAAGCCAUAAACACAAUCUAUUCACGGUCUCGACUGUCCAUCUAUUUCAGUAUCCCCCAUACCCAUGCGUUUGUUUUCAUAGUUCAUCGCAUUGGGCAGUCGGAAAGAGAAUAUGAAACUGGGGAAUUCAAAGCCACUUGAGGAGUAUUCUUAAUUUGAAAUGGAUUAUUUGCUGUUUCUUAUUUGCAAUCGUCUGAACUUUUGACUGGUCGUCAGUGCGAUCAUAAAGUUUCUCUAGAAACAAAUCUGGGGCACAUCAUGUCGCGGAUAAAUUUAUGCAAAGUAGUCGGAUAUGCUUUUCGACUCUUCAAUAUAGUCGUCGCCAGAAGAAGCUUUCUUGGCUAGGAGAUCAUGGGCUUUGCGUACAUUCUACGAAUUUACCCCUCGUUGAGAUGCUUUGAAAUCGCAGCUUCCAUCGCUCCAAGUCAAACGUUAGAUCAAAACAACAAGUGAAAACAAGACUUUACUAUUGUCAGAUUGAGAGUAGGUUGCGAAAUGUUCUUCCCACCGUGUUUUUAACAUUUCUUUCCGUUGCUCAAGCCCAUACAUAUCCAGAUAUCGCCAACUUCUACCACAAAUUUGUCGGAGAAGUUUAUAGUUUUGGAUCGAAACAGAAUUGUGAAAGUUAAUCGAACAAGCCAAACCAUUAU